CAGCGCGCCACUUCAGCUCGGCGCCGCCCCCUCCGACGCCCCCGCGCGGGCGCCGCCAGCCCCGAAGUCCCCGACCGAAGUGGGGCCGCCUCUCCCGCUCGGAAGGAGCCAUCGCCGCUUUAAGGCGAAGAGGAGGGGAAGGGGGCGGGAGAGUGGGGGGCGGGGAGCGGCGGCCGCGGAGGGGGAGGGGGAUCCCCCUCGCUCCCACGUGGUCCGGGCGCCUGUGAAUCGCGCCCGCCCGAGGGUCUCACAGCGAAAUACAAAAGCAGCUGGGAAGCGGCGGCGAGGCGAGUUCCCAGCGCGGGGCAGAGCGCCUGGCAGAGCCCCGCGGCCGCGAUGGGGCUGAGGCGCCCGGAGCCCCGGAGCCAGCACGCUGCGGGGUCCGCCUCGCCGCCGGGACCCGGGCGCCCGGGCUCGGCUUGAAGCGGCGGAGGUGCCCGGCACGGCCGGGGGAGCAUGGGCAGGAGGAUGCGGGACGCCGCCGCCGCCGCGGGUCUCUGGCUGCUGGCGCUGGGCUCGCUGCUGGCGCUGUGGAGCGGGCUCCUGCCGCCGCGCGCCCAGCCGCCCGAAGACCGACUCCCCCGGCGCCCGGCCCGGAGCGGCGGACCGGGGCCGGCGCCUCGCUUCCCCCUGCCCCCGCCCCUGGCGCGGGACGCCCGCGGCGGCUCCCUGAAAACUUUCCGGGCGCUGCUCACCUUGGCGGCCGGAGCAGACGGCCCGCCCCGGCGGCCCCAGGGCGAGCGCGGGCGGCACGUGCCAGCCGGGCGGCCCGGGCCCGAGGGGCGCGCCGCGGUGCACGGGGGCGUCUUCUGGAGCCGCGGCCUGGAGGAGCAGGUGCCCCGCGGCUUCUCCGAGUCGCAGGCGUUGGCGUGGCUGGAGGCGGUGCGCGGCGCCCGGGUGGUGGCCCUGGAACGCGGCGGCUGCGGGCGCAGCUCCAACCGGCUGGCCCGCUUCUCCGACGGCACCCGCGCCUGCGUGCGCUACGGCAUCAACCCCGAGCAGAUCCAGGGCGAGGCCCUGUCCUACUACCUAGCGCGCCUGCUGGGCCUCCAGCGCCACGUGCCACCGCUGGCACUGGCCCGGGUGGAGGCUCGCGGCGCGCAGUGGGCGCAGGUGCAGGAGGAGCUUCGCGCCGCGCACUGGACGGAGGGCAGCGUGGUGAGCCUGACGCGCUGGCUGCCCAACCUCACGGACGUGGUGGUGCCCGCGCCCUGGCGCUCCGAGGACGGCCGGCUGCGGCCCCUGCGCGCCGCCGGGGGCGAGCUGGCCAACCGCAGCCAGGCGGAGCUGGUGGACCUGGUGCAGUGGACCGACUUGAUCCUUUUCGACUAUCUGACGGCCAACUUCGACCGGCUCGUCAGCAACCUCUUCAGCCUGCAGUGGGACCCGCGCGUCAUGCAGCGCGCCACCAGCAACCUGCACCGCGGCCCCGGCGGCGCGCUGAUCUUUCUGGACAACGAGGCGGGCUUGGUGCACGGCUACCGGGUGGCGGGCAUGUGGGACAAGUAUAACGAGCCGCUGCUGCAGUCGGUGUGCGUGUUCCGCGAGCGGACAGCGCGGCGCGUCCUGGAGCUGCACCGCGGCCAGGACGCGGCGGCCCGGCUGCUGCGCCUCUACCGGCACCACGAGCCUCGCUUCCCGGAGCUGGCCGCGCUCGCCGACCCCCACGCUCAGCUGCUGCAGCGCCGCCUCGACUUCCUCGCCAAGCACAUUUUGCACUGUAAAGCCAAGUACGGCCGCCGACCCGGGACUUAGCGUCCCCCGGAGAUGAAAGGGAGAGCCCCCGGCCUGGGGAAUGGAUGAUGGGGGAAGGGCCGUCGUCUGGGCCACCGCCUGGGACCGGCCAACGCCCAGCCAGUGGCCCGAGCGCCAUGGAGGCUAAAACUUCACGGCUUCGCCCACCUGCCCCUUUCUCUCGGUCUCCUGCUGUUUCCUUUCGAAGUUCCGGGAGGACGAACUCACCCGGGCGAGAAGCUUAACAGCCCCUCCGCCCCGCCUAUAAAAGGAUUCUGCCCUGGGCCAGCACGGAGUUUGGAUCCGAAGAAACUGGAGGCCGGAGUUUGGCCGCCGGGUGGUCAUCUCUGUGGGAGAUGCAUCCCGUUCCCCGGCCCCCUCAUUCCCUUUCCGAAAAAGGAAAACUUCUAUUUGAGCCGUUGAGCUAAUUGUGCAUUUCCUACCAAACGCAGCGCUGGUGGCCCGGGAGCAGGGCUGUGACAUUGGCUGGUGGAGCCCCCUUCCUGUGUUCUGCCUUUGUUCCAGCACCGUGAUGGUGAGAUCACUGUUAGGAGCUGGGGGAAGGCUCCCUCUAUGACAAAGAGUGCAGGACCUUCAGAACCCGGGGGGGGG